GAAUACUGUAAAGCUGUGAAAAACUAGAGUUUAUUUAAAAACUCUAGCUGAGAGAUCAGACACCAAAACCGGGUGUUCCCUCUGCUGUCUCUACCAAGACAAACCAGAGACAGCAGUAACUACAGGAAAAAGUUUAUAAAUCUGGUGCAAGACUUUUGUGAAGGCGAUAGUAUUAAAGUGUGGUGAAUUGGGGACCUGACUUCUUCUACAGCAGUGAUCGAUGUGGAUGAACCGAUACCAAACGUGAGGACAGUGACAUUUACUAGGAUUUCUGGUUCUGAGGGACAGAGCGACUGAACUGAUACACAUCCCCGUCGAGAAUGAGCCACGAGACGGGUGACACCAGCACGACAGAGGAUUUCUGGGAACUCCCUGACGAUAUCUACGUUAACAUGAUCAGGAAAUCCCAUGAAGCAGAGUCUGAGAAGCAGGAUGGUUUGCCUGAUUCUCCUGAACGUUUCGAUGAGACUCUCACAUCAAGCGACAACUUUGAAGCCUCUCCGAUUUGGAUGCAUGUGCCCCGCACUCUCAGGUUGGAGGAUUAUCCUGAAGGCGUUGAAUCGAUCACAGAGGAAAGUCUUUGUGAGUGCUUCCCAUUUCAAAUGGAUAAAAAUAACAUCAUCAGCAGCUGUGAGCGUUUUAAAGGUGAGGAUAUCAUUGACGGAUGCUUCAGCUAUCAGAUGGAUUUUGGUCAACUGAACAGCUCGUAUAAACCUUGUGACACAGCAGUGAAAGAUAAUUACGCCCUGCUCGGCUCUCAUGUUGAUGAAAGUCAAACUGCCAGAGUGAACAACAAAGAUGGAGCUCCGGUCGGGUGCAACGGUGAACCCAGGCAUCAGCUCGAUUACAAAGCAUGUCGGAUUCAGCUCUUCAACGCCAUCUUUGAAGGAGAUCUGGACACCAUAGAUACCUUACUGGGAAAGGUCAAGGAAUCUAAUGGCUACCUCUCUCAUCAAAUAUUAAAAGAUCCAAACACCGGCCAGACCUGCCUGAUGAAAGCUUUACUGAAAAUAACAAACAAAGUGGAGGAUGCAGCCCAAGACUGCAAGACCGUGGAGAUUGUCAAGAAGCUCAUCUCCUUCUCAAGGAAGACUGGAGACCUGGAAGCCUUUAUCAAUGCAGCCUACACUGACAAGAUUUACAGAGGACAGACAAGUCUGCACAUUGCAGUGGAGCGCAGGAGGUGUGACCUGGUCAAGCUGUUGGUCAGAAACGGUGCCGCUGUUGAUGCCAUGGCUAAAGGAAGCUUCUUUCGCAACAAGAAACACAAAAAAUGUUCCUUCUAUUUUGGAAGGGAGUUACACAGAGUCACCAUGGGAAGGAGGUCUCAUUGGGUGGCCCGGAGCCAUGAUUCAUCAGUGACAUCCGUUCCAUCUCCAGCCGGUGAAGACCCCUCAGGGGGCUUCCCCCUCAGCCUGGCUGCUUGUACCAACCAACUGGACAUUGUGACCUUCCUGAUUGAGCAUGGCGCAGAUCCCCGGGCACAGGACCGGGCAGGGAACACGGUGCUGCAUGCCCUGGUAACCAUCGCCUACGACACGGUGGAAGCUCGGAGCUUUGUGACAGAGAUGUACGACUUUAUCCUGAUGAGGAGCACGGACAUAUCGCCCAGCGAGAACCUGGAGAAGAUCACCAACCUCCAGGGGCUGACCCCCCUACACCUGGCUGCUCAGACCGGCAAGAUAGGGAUAUUUAAACAUAUCCUGGGAAGGGAAAUAAAACAGAAGAAGUACAAGCACCUUUCCAGAAAGUUCACGGAGUGGGAAUAUGGACCGGUCUCUUGUUCCUUAUAUGACCUGUCUGGAGUCGAUACGAUUGAGGAGAACUCUGUACUUCAGACGGUGGUGUAUAGCAGCAGGAACAGGAACCGUCAUGAGAUGCUGAGUGUGGAGCCCAUGAAUGAGCUGCUGCAGAAGAAGUGGGAGGAUUUCGGGGUGUACCUGUUCAUUGGCAGUUUCAUAUUCUACCUGACCUACAUCAUCACAUUGACCAUCGUAGCCUCUAACAGAGAGGAGAGAAACAAUCCCCUCGACCAAGAGCAGUGCUCCCAUCACAUUGGAUUCUUGAUCCCAAUAUCUGCGUGGAGUUAUCUACCCAAGCUCUUCCAGGCCCAGAUUUAUCUAUUUUUGAUGGCCGUGUAUCUCUCUGUUAAAGAGGCAUCACAGAUGGUGUAUCUGAGGCGCUCCAAUCUGCACUCUGUGCUGAUGGAUGGAUUCUUUCACGUGCUGUAUUUCCUCCAGGCCAUCCUGGUGAUCAUCUUCAACUCCUUGUGCUGGGCAGAAGUGGAAGGUUCCAGAAUACUGCUCGUAAUCGCACUGGCCCUGGGCUGGUUCAAUGUCCUAUAUUACACACGAGGUUUCAAACUAACUGGCAUUUACUGUGUGAUGAUAAAAAAGAUUAUUCUGCAGGAUAUCCUGCGAUUCCUCCUGGUCUAUGCAGUUUUCAUUGUGGGAUUUGCAGCAGCUCUGGCCUCCUUGAUUGAGGAAUGUCCCCCAGACAGCGACUGUCCCUACAAUGGAUUCAGUUCCGCUAUCCUGGAGCUCUUUAAGCUCACUAUUGGCUUGGGAGACCUGGGAAUCCAGAAACACUCCAGGUUUCCCAUCUUCUUCCACAUGCUCCUGGUACUGUACGUCAUCCUGACCUUUGUCCUUCUCCUGAACAUGCUGAUCGCUCUGAUGGGAGAGACCGUGACAAAGAUUUCCAGUGACAGUGAGAAGAUCUGGAAACUGCAGAGAGCUGAGACCACUCUGCACUUUGAGAGAUCGCUGCCGAAAUGGCUACGGACCAGAUGUAAGAAUGGCCACAGCUUUACGGAGAUUACUGUUGGACUCACACCUGAAGGGAAGGAGGACAAACGGUGGUGUCUCAGGUUAAACGAGGUCAACUGGAACGAAUGGGACACUCUGAUCGGCACGGUGACGGAAUCGCUGGAAGAGGAGUGACACACAGGGACACUCACUGCCAGAGCGACACAGGAAAGCUAAUAGACUUGCAUUUCUAUCAUGGCUUUCACACAACGCUGUUUUACAGACAGCCCGGUGUCUCGGGCAUGAAGCCUUUGCUGUCCACCCACAGCAUCAAGCAGGUAGUAAUCAGCUUCCUGUUCACAUUGCGCAAGGAAUUAGUAAUCACCGGCAGACCCAUGGUCCCGCUAACUAUCUGCUCUUCUUCAAAGUAGGAAACUGGCAUCUUCUGUAUUCACCAGAGAGGGCAAAUUAAUUCGCACUCCCUCUGCACUGACCCUCCGACAGUGCGGCACUCACUCAGCACUGACCCACUGACAGUGUGGCACUCCCUCAGCACUGACCCUCCGACAGUGCGGCACUCCCUCAGCACUGACCCUCCAACAGCGCAGCAUUCCCUCAGCACUGACCCUCCAAAUCGCAGCACACCCUCAGCACUGACUGUCUGACAGUGCAGCACUGACCCUCUGACAGUGCAGCACUCCCUCAGCACUGACCCUCCGACAGUGCGGUGCUCCCUCAGCACUGACCUUCCGACAGUGCAGCACACCCUCAGCACUGACCCUCCGACAGUGCGGUGUUCCCUCAACACUGACCCUCCGACAGUGCGGCAUUCCCUCAGUACUGACCCUCCGACAGUGCGGCGUUCCCUCAGUACUGACCCUCCCACAGUGCGGUGUUCCCUCAGCACUGACCCUCCGACAGAGCAGCGCUCCCUCAGUACUGAGCCUCUGACAGUGCGGCGUUCCCUCAGUACUGACCCUCUGACAGUGCGGUGCUCCCUCAGUACAAAGCCUGUCCACUAUCUACAAGGCACAGGUCAGGAGUGUGAUGGAAUAUUCCCCACUUGUCUGGUUGGGGGCAGCUCCAAGAGUAUUCAAGAAGCUCGACACCAUCCAGGAGAACGUAAACAGUGUGAUUAGCACCAAUCCAUCAUCAACAAUCCCUCCCUCCCCCACCGAUACUCACGAGCAACUGUGUGUAGCAUCCAGAGAAAGAUCCAAGGCUCCUCAGACAGCACCUUCCAAACCCACGACCACUUCCCUCUGGGAGGACAAGGGCAGCAGAAACAUGGGAACACCAGCCCCUGCAUGUUCCCCUCCGAGCCCCUCACCAUCCUGACUUGGAAAUCUAUCGCUGUCCUUUCACUGUCACUGGGUCAGAAUCCUGGAAUUCCCUCCCUAAGGACAUUGUGGGUCAACCCACAGCACAUGGACUGCAGCGGUUCAAGAAGGCAGCUCACCCCCACCUUCUCAAGGGGCAACUAGGGACGGGCUAUAAAUACUGGGCCCAGCCAGUGACACUGAUAUCUUGCAAAUUAAUAGUUAAAUCGACAGAAAGGCCGGAAGCAGCUAUUUACUAUCUGCUGUUCCUUUCAAAGAUCCAUUUCAUCUCUUGGAUUUUUCCAUCU